UUCAUUAGUACCUCUGUGUCAGGAAAUAACUUGAGGAAGCAUGAGACUUUUGUGAAUAUAUUUUCCAUGAUAUAUACAAGUUACAGUGAUGCCACUAUCAUGGUUUCUGUUGUACACAUGUAUGGAAUAUUUUAGGAUGCAUUGACCUAUGAUGAUGUGCAUGUGAACUUCACUCGGGAAGAGUGGGCUUUGCUGGAUCCUUCCCAGAAGAGUCUCUAUAAAGAUGUGAUGCUGGAGACAUACUGGAACCUGUUUGCUAUAGGUUACAGUUGGGAACACCAUAAUAUUGAAGAACCUUGUCAAAGUUCUGGAGGACUUGGAAGGCAUGAAAGAACACAUAGUGGAGAGAAACUGGCCCAGGCCAGUAUAUAUAGUCUUCCCUGUAGCUCCAGAAAUUCAGAGCCAUGGAACCAGCAAUUGUUUGCUAAGAGUAUAUUGACCUACAAUGAUGUGCAUAUGAAUUUCACUCGAGAAGAGUGGGCUUUGCUGGAUCCUUCCCAGAGGAAUCUCUACAAAGAUGUAAUGCUGGAGACCUACAGGAACCUCACUACUAUAGGCUACAAUUGGGAAAGUCAUAAUAUAGAAGAGCAUUGUCAAAAUUCUAGAAGACAUACAAGGUAAUUUUCAAUGUCAGCUGAUAUGAAUAUGGUUCUGAGAAAAUUUUAAUAUGUUCUGGAAGUUUGAAAGAGAAGG